UCAAAACUCAAGAUGAAAGUUUUAGUUGCUGUUGCCUUUUUGGGAUAUGUCCUUUCUGGCUCUUUUGGUCGCUCUCCUGACAUCGUGCCCCUCCCUGACGGUUUAAGUGGAGAGGGCAUCACCACCACAUACUGGGAUUGUUGUGCUCCCUCAUGCUCGUGGUACCCCUAUGUUAAAACUAAGAACGGCAUUCCUGAUCAGACCUGCCAAAUCGAUGGUGUUACGAACAGCACUACGGAAGAUAAUGGUCAUUCAGGAUGUAGAGAACGAGGAGUUGCCUACACAUGCAAUAACCAACAACCUUACGUCGUAAAUGAGACCUUGGCAUUCGGUUGGUCGGCUGCUUCUUUCCAAGUUGGCAUAGACACGUCCAACUGUUGUCACUGUAUGUUAUUGUCUUUUAAGGACAGGCUAGCUGGAAAACAGAUGUUGGUCCAAAUUGUUAACACAGGAUCUGACUUAACUGAAAACCAAUUCGAUCUUCAAAUUCCCGGAGGUGGUGUCGGUAUAUUCAAUCGUGGAUGCAUGACUCAAUGGGGAACUGGUGAAGACGGUUGGGGUAGAAGAUAUGGAGGUGUUUCAACCAUUGAAGAGUGUACUCUACUACCAGAAGUCUUGCAACCUGGAUGCAGAUUUAGGUUCCAGUUCUUGGAAGGGGUCGAUAAACCUAAAGUGAGCUUUCAAGAGGUAAAAUGCCCUGUCGAGCUUAUUGCUGUUUCUGCUUGUGGAGAUUUGGACUAAGUUGAAUUUUUUUAAAGAUGUUCUGCGAAUAGUUUACUUUUUAAUGAAAAUAUAUGUACUUUUACUAA